CCGCCUUUCUCAGGAAGCUUGGGUCUCCCUAGGAGCGGGUCUACUCUUUGGGGAGGCCUCUCGGCUGUGUUCCCUGCAGCUCUGCUGACAUUCGGGGCGGACGGAAGAGGGGUUCUGCGCCCCACGCGUGCACAUGUGUUAGCCCAGGCAGAAGGGAGUGCCUCGGCGGAGGAGUCAAGGAAGAGGGGGAGGGAGACUCGCGCCAGAUUCUCGGUCCCGGGCGCCCUGGUCGGCCACAGAGGAGCUGCAGCCUCCAACAGGUUGGCACAUCUCCCCACGCAGGGCCUGCCGGGAGCGCUGCAUGCAAAUUCCGCCGCGGGCUAGGGUACGCUAACCGGAGCCGGCAGCAUGGACUUCGUCAUGAAGCAGGCCCUCGGAGGGGCCACCAAGGAUAUGGGGAAGAUGCUGGGGGGAGAGGAGGAGAAGGACCCAGACGCUCAGAAGAAGGAGGAGGAGCGGCAGGAAGCUCUGCGGCAGCAGGAGGAGGAGCGCAAGGCCAAGCACGCGCGCAUGGAGGCCGAGCGGGAGAAGGUCCGGCAGCAGAUCCGAGACAAGUACGGGCUGAAGAAGAAAGAGGAGAAGGAGGCUGAGGAGAAGGCGGCCCUGGAGCAGCCAUGUGAGGGGAGCCUGACCCGGCCCAAGAAGGCCAUCCCGGCAGGCUGUGGGGACGAAGAGGAGGAGGAGGAAGAGAGCAUCCUGGACACGGUGCUCAAAUACCUGCCUGGGCCGCUGCAGGACAUGUUCAAGAAGUAACUGGCCCUCCUGCCCCAUCCCCACUCCACUCGUUCCUAUGAUUUUUUUGUUGUUGUUCUUUCUUUUCUUUUUCUAUUCAGUUAAGUCUCAGUUCUGAAGGGGAAAACCUCAGUUGGCCUCUGCUCCCCUUCCCUGGCCAGGGGCUCCUCCCCCUCAGUACUCCCUUGCACCCCCUUCUUCCCAGGGUAUCCCACCCCCCAUCCCUCUCCCAAGCAGAUUGAGAAAGGGGAGAUAGCUUUUCCCUGGCAGGGGGUGUAGAAGCCAGGGCGUUAGGCCCUGGAGGCCUCGGGUCUAUGCUGGUGUGGUAACCGCCCCCCUGUUCCCAUACAUUCCUUCAUGCUCCCCACUGCCAGGAGGACCACUGUCCCCAGCCAGCCAAAAUAAUGACACAUUCCAGCCCUGCCCAGCAUGCUGACCUUUGGCCUCUGAACCCCCGCCCCCCAGUGGGCCUCCAGGUCAGGGCAAGGGCACCCAGUGACCUGGCCCUGAGGAAGGGAGUCAGGGUAAACCUGCCCCCAUGAGGGCACAGCCUGAGAGGCCCUGCUGAAUUCUGGCCAGGCCAAGUUCUGGGCAGGAGGCUGGAGCUCUCCUUCUUCCCUCCCCUUGGUGACACUCAGACCAGGAGCAUCCCUCUCCCCCAACCAAGCCAGUCCCUCCAAAUGGAUCCUUUUUGGACUUCAGCUCAUCUGCGGAGGGACCCAGGGUAGGGUAGCCCUUUGUUCCCCAUCCUCCCCACCCUACUUAGGUCCUGGGACCCCACUGCCAGACUGGGACCAGCUUGCCCAGCUAAGGGCCUUCCCAGGCCCCCCCUCCUCCCCAACUAGAAAACACUUGGAGCCAUUGGGCAGCAAUGUUCCAUGCCAUGGGGACCCCCCCCCCACUGGUGUGGCCAAGCUGCCCCCAUUCCUAUCCACCCACCCCUUUCACACCCUGUCCUGUCCUUGUGCUUCCAGGGCCCCACAGUCCUCAGGAGGACCCUUCCCAGCCAAAGCCCCACACCCUUGGGGAGAAGCCAGUUCCCACUUGUCCAUCCAUCUCACUGGCCAAGAACAAACUCUCCUCUGGGAUGUGUAGGACCCAGCUGGGCCUGGCAUUUGUUUUCCCCUAAAUUGUCAAGGCCGCCUACUCAGUCCAUUGUAUGAGAACUGGGGGUGGAGGUGGGAAGACAAGGGUGUAGGUGUGGAUAGAGCAAACGUGAGAGGAAAGUAUGUGUCCAGACCCACACGAGUGCAUGAUUUUGUGCAGCAAGAUUUUAUGUGUGUGUUAGACCAGAUGUAUGUUAGGAUUGUGUGUGUGUGUUUGUUAGUCAUCAUGCUCAUGUGUUAGGGAUUGUAUAUAUUAGACAGCCUUACAUACGUGUAUGUGUUUGAGGUGGUGUAUAUGAGUUGAGAUUGUGUCGUGUUUAUGCUAUUCAUCUCCCAUGUAUGUUAGAGAUUGCAGGUAUUUGCUUGUAUAUGCAUGUUUUCAAAAUGGCAUGUGUGUCAGAAGUGAUGGAUGUGUAUGAGAGAGGUUUGGAGGGAGUUGUCAAAUGUGCUAAGGCUGUCGUGUAUAUGUGUGUGGGUCUAAAAAGGCAGUUGUGGGCAGGGACGUAUGCUUGGGGAGCAGGAACAUGGGUGAGACAUCCCCUCGCAGCUCCAAGACCAUCAGUCAUAGGGGGCCACAUCCAAGAGGAGACCUUGUCCUUGGCCUCAAGUCCUCCUACCCUUGGGGGGUUCCUGCCUGAGGUCCUCAGAAGUCCACUGGGAUGAGCCCAGGCAGUGCCCCAGGAAGCCAUGCUGGGCCCCUAUCAGGGCCUAACCCCAAAGCAGGGGCCAGGGAGGGGGCGACUUGCCUGCCCCUGAAGCCCCUGCACCAUUGGCCCCAGUUUGCAUUCUGCAGGUUUUCCAUUUUAGUGGAUUUAUGCUUUUAUUUCAGAGAGACGUGUGUGUCUUCUCUGUCCGUUUCCAAUAGUUAAAGCCAUAUCGGUUAGACUGCAAUACUUUAAAGACGAGACAAAACAAUCCAUAUGUUUAGGGAACCAGCCCCAGCUCCCUGGACUUACCCUCCUCCCCUGCCCAUCCCCAUCCCUUUGUGCCCCUGUGUCCAGCCCCCAGGGGCCCAUGUAUGUGCCUGUGUCUGUAAUGGGGGAGCCACCUCGCACCCCUGUUGUCUGCUUGUCUUUCUGUGUCUGUUUUCCUGGGCAGGAUGGUCAUCCUCUAGAGCUCUGGGGUCCUGGGGUAGACACAGGCAGGGAGCCCCAGGCCCCCCCCAGACCCUGUGUGUGAGCCCCACCUGGACACAGGGGUGGAUCCUGAGUGUUCAGAGAGAUCUGCCCCUUGACAGAGGCCACAGAGCUCUAGGGUGCUCCCAGGACACAGAGAGUGCCAGGUGGGCAGUGGAGACUGGAACCCAGGGAGUUCUAGAUGAGCAAGGGGGCCCAGCCAUCCCAGAUAACCCAGGUGGACCUGAGGGAAGCCAGGUCCUUAGAGGGCAUCCUCAGUGGUUUCUGCAGUCCCUCUACCUACACCCAAAGUGGGCUCAGGGCUUUUCAGCCCCACCCCAGUGCCCUCCAGGCUGGCUGACUUAGUCUAGGUGAGCAGGACUUGUCCUCCUGGGGUUAGCAGCAGGGGAAGAAUUUCCACCUGGGGUAUACCUGCUUCCAGCCACUGCUAGGUGAUCACUCUCAGGUCCAGGGGAGUAAGAUGACUGUCAUUCCUGACAAUGACCUGACUGUGGACAGAAACUGGUGGGUGGCCCAGAGAGAAAGUCGUAUGCAACACACUCAUGGAGGAACAAAAUCUGGGUGUUAAGCUCUAACAGGGGAGGGGACGAUCGUGUGAUGUGACCAGGGCAUGAGGUGUACGUGACCCAUUGGAUAGGAGGGGGACGAGUGUGUUACACACCAAUGGGGCAGUGUGCAUGGAACACACUCAGAAGGUAGGGGCUGCAGGCCCCACAAUUCAGCAUGCACACAUGCCUUACAAAGGAGGGAACCCCAGCUAGGGGAAUAAGCAGGAGCCAUCAUUUGCACGUGGUGAAGACAGAACGUGGUGCAAGGGUAUGUGCACUACCCAAUGUGGCAUGAGACUUGCUGGGUGAUCACUGCCAUAUUGUGUGCCUGGGGAUUCACCACCAGAUAGAAGGACAAGAGCUGCAGAAAUCCCUCUGGAUCUCCCCAUUCUGGGAGCUGGAAAUGAGCCAGGAUUCCCAAGAGUGAGUGCCCCACCACUCCAGGUCCAGAAGCUUCUGGAAGGUGUCCUUAAUUGCAAAGCUGUGUGGAGAGCCCCUCCAAAAGGAAGCAGGAAGUCAAGAGACCCCCUCCCCCCCAGGUGUGUGUAUGAGAGAAAGAAAGGGAGAGAUAAAGAGAGAGACAGAGAAUAAACUUAUUCUACUCAGGUCCCUCUCAGGUGGUUAGAGUAGGAUGGGGUGGACUCCCCAGUCCCGAGAAACCUGGCAUCCAGCCUACAGGGCUGCCCCUGCCCCAUGGUCCAUCCUUCUAGGGCCCCACAGGACCCUGACUACACAGAAAGGCUGGGGGGGGGCAGACAGGCUGAGAUGAGGGGACAUUUCCCAAGCCUGAGGACAUGCCUCCCACCAGAUGUCCCCUGCUCCCCUCCCCACUCCUGUUGCCCCCCGCUCUCCUACUGGAGAGAAGAUGGGAAGUGCUGGGCUGGCCCCGGGGAGGGGACUCCAGCAAGACCCAGAUGUGGACGGCCAUCCUGCCCGCGCGGGGGAACCCCUUUCCCACAUCUGUGCUGUGUCCUUGUCGCUCUGCUUCCUUUAAAUGUGUCAGUGCCUGGGGGGAGGGGAGGGGCACCCCCUCAUGCCCCCCUGAACCUGACCGAAAGCCAUGGCUGUUGCUCCCCCUUCGUAUGACACAAAUGCUAACUACAGAUGUACAAAACCAACCAUGACAACAAAGGAAAAAAGACCUUGUACAGCA